GAUACAAGCGUCGGACUUUCCCUGGCAGCUCCCCCCUCCCCCUCCCCACCUCUGUUUCACUGACACUCGCGCACACGCACGCACACACACAAACACACAGGGACUGCAGCAGUAAAUGAGGAAAACUUCAUGAAUGCAUGCCUGCCUCUAGCGAAUGCUGGAGCUAAGUAAAUGUCUUACUGAUACCUUAGGAGAAGAAGUGGUAGCUACAUCUCACGGGGCUUUGAAGAAUUUCUCUGAUAUCAAGCAGCCGAUGUGCAACAACUACUACAACUACUGCUGCUGCUGCUGCCGCUGCUUUUACUAUUACCAUGGAAGAUCAUCUCUUCAAUCUAAGCUCCCUAAUCAACUAAACGAACGGACAUGUACUGGAAGCACAGAGGAUUUUUACUGUAUUCUCCAUUUCAUCUGUAAUUUACUCUUAAAGAAACCAUGGUGAGCAAGGAAUCCAGUAAAUGCCUGCUCACAAACUCAGAGUCAGAGACUGAGGCUGCUGCAUCACUGGCCUUGGAGAUGAAAUACUCCCUGGAUCCCAACCGGCAGAUCAGAAAGCGGAAUAAGGCCCUGCAGGUAAGAUUCAAGGACAUCUGUGAAGCCCAGAAUGAACAAAGGGAGGCAGCCCAGCAAUCAGAGCGGAAGAGCGCAAAGCCCAUCUCUUACAAAGUGGCGUACCGCAAAUAUAUGACAGUGCCAGCAAGGCGGUCCAUUCCCAACGUCACCAAGAGUACCGGCGUGCAAACUUCUCCUGACCUUAAAAAGCGCUAUCAAACGUUCCCGUUUGAGCGCAAGAAAGGACACACUAUUAAACAUGCUGCAGCCGUGGAAGGUUUUAAAAGUCACAACAAUGGAUUUGUAAUCGACGUUAAGGGUAAUAAAGACAAAGAAAGCUCAGGGGAGGCUGCUCAGUGCAGCAGGAAGGUCAGCGAUCAAAAACAAGCGAUGUUGACUUCACAUACUAAUGACUGUGUAACAACAGUUGAUCAACAUUCCAGCGGCAACUGUUCUGAUGGAACCACAUGCACAGAAUCCUUGUUGGUCAGCUGUUCUAAAGAGACUCCCUGCCUCCCAAACCCCACAGACUCCAGUAUAGAGGCAGAUUACCAAAUUUGCAGUGUUAAAACAAAAAACCAUAAAGGAUUACAGCAAGGAGAAAAGGACCCUAAACCAUCUGCAAAGAGGCAAAUGCUAAACUUUGAGGAAACCUCUACCAGACCCCUGCAGGACACGGGUGCAAAGGUGAUGGGUCCUAUUGCCUGGAACUCUUUAACACAGGUGGAAUGCUUGGAAAGUCCUUCAAUGAGGGGUAAACGUAAGAAAGGGCUGCAGCUCAAUGGAUUGCAGACACAAAUAUUGUCUGGUCAGGCUUGCUCCAUACAGACUCAGUGCCACUCAAGUAAGUGCACUGAUCAGCCUCUACAGAUCCAGGCUGCUCCUGCCAUGGAAGGUCAAACAUGCCAGAGCAGUGCAGUGGCUGUGAGUGAAGCCUGUCAGCAGAUUGUGCCCGUCGCACAGGAUGGGGACCUAAAAGCACAGCUACAGGUUAUGGAAAACCUGAUCAGUUCCAGUCAGGAGACCAUUAAAGUGCUGCUAGGAGUCAUUCAGGAGCUGGAGAAGGGGGAAGCUCACAGAGAGGGCCUCUCCUAUCGAACGGGACAGGACACGGCAAACUGUGACACUUGUCGAAACAGCGCAUGCAUUAUUUACAGUGUCGAGCUCGACUUCAAGCAACAAGAGGACAAACUGCAGCCCCUGUUGAAAAGGCUGUGUCCCACUGAGGACACUCAGGUUCCAUCUCUGCCUUACCCCCAGGAGGGAUAUACUUCAACACCCAAGAGGAAGUCUAAAACAGAGUCAAAGAAGCAUGCAAGAUGGAAACUCUGGUUUCUAUGAUUUUUUUUCUUCAAAUCCGAUGGCCUGCCUUCUACUCCUGUACACGGAUACCAGUCAUCUCUUUCCCUGGAUAAUGGAUGCAGUGCUGGAAUUAAGCAAAGGUUCAUGAUCCCAGUUUGAAAAGUAGUAAAUAACCUGCAUACCAUUUAAGUUUUGUCACGUUUACCAAAAAAGGAUUCAAACUUAUAACUAAUUUCCAGGAGCAAGGCGUGAAAUUACACCAAGCCUACUUAUUUGCAGAUCAGCAAGGUGAGAAGCAAGACUGGAUUUAUUAUUUUCUGUUUAUUUAUUUUUCUGUUCAAGUUUGCGGAGGGAAAUUUUGGUUUAUUAGUUAAGCAACUGUUACAGUUACACUUUAGAAUGACAAGCCAGCGCCUUUGCAUUUACACCUCCCCAUCCAUUCUCUUGAUCCACAAAAAUGGAAACCAUCAAGACUGUGUGGACAACUUGUUUCUUGAGAAACCAUGAAUGAGAUUGCUUCUACAGCAUAUCAGAAUCUGGGCAAAGCACAAGUUUUUUUUCUCUAAUGUUAGGAUAUGUUGGUUCAAUUCCUUUUUGUGUAAAAGGAGGAGGUUAACUGAUUAUAAUUAGCAUUAAGUUCAAUGUUUUAAUUUAGGAACAUGUGCCAAAAAAAGUUUAUUAAGAAACAGUUACUGCUCUUCAUUGAAAUGGGAAGCAGAGUGAAUUUCCCAAGGUGGAGACACUUCAAUCACCGAGUGCUGACAGGGUCAAAAUCCAGGAAAACAGGCACGUGUCUAAUCCAGUCAAACCGUUAAAAACAUCUCAAAGCUUUAUACUGUACCUUUGCAGUCCCUAAUUGUAAUAUACUACAAAAUAAUAAAAUUACAGUUAUUUUUAUAUACUUGUUAAGUUAGCAUCUCAAUGUAAUUUUUUAAAACAUAUAUAGAAAUAGAUAUAUAAACUUUAAGCUCACUAACUAAAUAAAAUUAAUUAGUUUUUCUGCGGUGAAAAGGAUCAGGAAUUUGUAAACUGCACCGUAUUUUAUUAUAAAGACCAAGUGAGACCUUUUCAGUGAAAGUUCCGAGUGGCAGGUAAAGAUUAAAUAAGAACAAAAAGAAGCUUUAUUAUUUUUGACACUUCUAAAAAGAAUCAGGUUCAUGCCAAGUGAUUAAAAGUGAUUGCUUCUCACUCACAGACAGGCUAAAGCCAUGCUAUGACAUUUAAUUAAAGAAUUAAAAAAAGCACUAGCACAGUACCAUGUAGAUUACAUCUUUCACAUUGAACACAACACAGUCUUUAAUCAAUAUUAUUAAACCCAUCCUAUAUAAUUCAAGAUGUUCUGUAGCUAACAUCAACAUUCACAAAUUGAUAUGAUCAGUGAUUUUGAUACUAUAUGAUUGCUUCCUAUACAGCAGCUACAGUACAUUCAGUUCUACUGAAUGUUGCUAUUUAUAUAGUAUAAAUACACAGCUUCAACAGUGAUAAGAAUCAUAUACGUUUUUUUUAACACCAUCAGUCUGCCACACCAAAAAAAGCAUUACACAGCAAUGUAAUGACUGUAAAGCUAGCCUUUUAACCCUAAUUUCUGAGAAUUAUGUCAAAAAGAUGGACAAGCAUUUUAAUCUCAAUACUAAAAUGUUAAAUGCAAAAAACAAUGAAGAAAUACACAUUUAACAAGUACUGUAUUUCAUAAGGCUACAUCUGUAUGUUUUGGAAUAUAAGAGGAUGAAAAGUUAUCAAGAGGUGUUCUAAUGGCCUAUAUUUUAUGGCAAUGUUAGAGGUCAACAAGCUUGCAAUUAAAACCUUCCAAGCAACUAAUAAAAGCCAAAAAAAACAAAAUUCCCGAAAGACAUCUGUGCCAAAGCUUUUCAUUGGGCAUAAAGGUAUUUUCAAAAAUUUCUGAGUUAUUACCAAUAGGAAGUGUCACAACUUCCCAUUGGUAAUGAGUACAGUUUGCAUCAAAGGGAAGCUGUACUACUGAUCAUAAAACUGUUACAUACUCAAUCGCUGGUUCCAAAGUCAUUCUCAUGCCCUUGAUAAUCAAAAAGGCUAUCUGUUGACUGUAUUUAAUAAAAAAAACCUCUAAAUCUUGUACAUGAGGAAUUAAAUUUCAAAUAGUUUUAUUGUAGCAAGAGAGACAUAGACGUUUAUCUGUACCUUAAGGAAGUGCAAUUGAUUUAUUACGUGCAAUAUUGUGUAUUUUCUACUGUUUUUAAGUCAAAUUAAAGAAUUUAUGAUAAAAUUAAC